AUGGGGGAGGAGAAGGAGACUUGCGGGCGGCUGAAGGGGCUGAAGCUGCACGUUCCGCUGAACCGGUACCUGCUGCUGUUCCUGUACCUGGUGGUGGUGCUGCUGCGCGGCUGCACUUACUGGGGCUGGAACGGCAUUCAAGAAAUGCUGUACAAGUCCGGCGCGUAUUUAUGGGAGUGCAGCGACUUGGAAAGCGCGACGGAGCUGCGGAUCGGCAGCGCCAAGUACCUCGACUGCCCGGCCCGCAAGCAGCUGCUGGGUGGGAUCUUCACCACUGCGCUGGGCUCCAACAUGCUUUCUUCUUUCUUUGCGGGAAUUAUGUUAGAUGCUGUGGGGCCGAAGAUCACAAUGUUGUUUGGAGUGGUGAUGGACAUCGCUGGGUGGCUGCUGCUGGGCUUUUCCGGCGAGGGUUUCCGGGCUUACUACGCGGCGGCUUUCUGCAUCGGAGUGGCCUCUGACCCCGGCUACUUGCCGCUGAUCUCCAUCAGCAAGUUGUUUCCCAAAAACUCCUCUUUUGUGAUCUCCAUUAUGGGCUCCGUGAGGUCCAUUUCCUUCGCAAUUCCCGUCGUUAUGUCUGCCGUUUUCCAGAGCCCCGCCUUCCGCCCUGAAGACCUCUGGCAGAUCUGCGUGGGCUACGUGGGCGUGGGCCAGGGGCUGUCUUUGCUGGUGACUUUGCUGUUUGUGCCGAUGGCUUCUUUCAAGGCCCCUGCUGCUGCAGCAGCAGCAGCAGCAGCAGCGGAGCAGCAGCAGCAGCAGCAGGAGGAGCUGCGGGACGCGUCGAAGGAGGACGGGUCGGUGUCGACUGCAGCAGCAGCAGCAGCAGCAGCAGCAGCGCGGCAGCAAGACAACAGGUCGUUUUGGCAGCUGCUGGUGGACCCCAAGUUCCUGCUGCUGCUGCCGAUCUUCUGCUGCGCGCUGGUGCGCUCGGACUACUACGCGAAGUCGAACAAAGAACAACUUAUUACUUCUUCUGGCAAAGAUCUUUACCAAAUGUUUGCAAUUUUCAACAUUUUGAGUUUUAUUCCGGGCCCCGUCUUCGGCCGACUGGUGGAUCUGUACGGGAUCACGGUGGUGCUGCUGCUGCUGAACACUUCGGGUGUAUGCAUGUUCCUGUUCCUGAUCUUCGACAGUCUGGCCUGCAAAGGCGUGUCAGUGGUAUUCUUUUUCAUUUAUACUUCUUUUGUGCUCAGUAAUGUUUAUUGUUUCAUUUCAAUUCACUUUCCGGAACACGCUUUCGGCAAACUCGCCGGAUUCACCUCUGCUGCUGGCGGCGUCUUCGUGCUGCUCAGCAUGUUGUGGUACAACAAAGUCUUGGAGUUCGAAGCGCCUCGGAGUUUCAUUUUCGUGGACGCUUUGAUGGUUGCUGCUGGUCUUUUGGUGUACCUGUUGAUCUUUUUGCUGCGCCGCGUCAGCAGCAAACAAGCAGCAGCAGCAGCAGCAGCAGCAGCAGCAGCAGCAGCCAAGGUCAGGGAGCAAAAGACCUUCGCCGACUCCAACGAGCCGGGGUCCACCCUCUCCGUCUGA